AUGAUGUUAUGCUACUUAAAAUUUUAGGCCCCUCCUCACAUAGAUUGCUAGAUUCGCCCCUGGGUCACUGGCAGGGGAGAGCAACCAACUAUGGUUACCACCAAAGGAACUCCGAUCGGCGCAGCUGUUAGUGUCUCUGGUAAUGUCAGCUCAGAAGAACACGAAGCAACCACUGUAUUUCUCGACAAAGUGGGAGUCAAUUUCGAAAUCAAACCAGAACACGACGCGAAGGAUUCAUUCUCCAGCCUCGUCGGUGGAGUUCUUCAGGUGAUCUCCGUCGGGACCGGCAAAAUCUCUUGCUCUCUAGUCGUCAAACCCCCCAUUAAGAACGUGUAUGGUGGCAUGCAUGGGGGUUCAGUGGCAGCUGUGGCCCAUCGCGUAGCAACUGCUUGUGCCAGAACAGUUGUUGGCAAAGACAAAGACAUCUUCCUUUCCGAACUCAGCAUCUCUUACCUAUCUGCCGCUCCAGAAAAUGUCCAAGCAGUCGUGGAUGGGACUGUCAUAAAAAGCGGGAGGAACCUGACAGUUGUUGCUGUUAACUUCCGACUUAAAGAUUCCGGCCAGUUGUUGUUCACGACUCAUGCUACAUUCUACAAUAUGCCUGUUUCGAGUUUGUGAACUCCAUAAAUUGGCCAUUGAUGGUUGGGUAGAGAAUAUAAAAAUGGAAAUAAUAUCUCAUGAGUUUAAUUUUGGAACUUCUCUAUAUUAUUCUUUCUUAAAUAUGACCUAAUAUUUCAAGGGUGGAUUGUGUAAUCAAACAUAUCUGUAAGCGUUCAAUUACCUGUAAACAUGACUGAAGUCACGUAACUAAAAUUUUGUUUCCAAAUCUUAGUAACUAGAACCAGUUUCCUUUUUUCCUAUAAAAAAUAUAGUAGUUUAGCUGUGAAUUGUCAGCUAUUGUUUGGCCAAAAAAUUCUUUAUAAAGUUUUGUUUAUUUAUU